CCUGCUGCGCGGGCUGCGGGCUGCGGGCUCGGGAGGUCGGGGCUGCGCUGCGCUGCGCUGCGCCGCCCUGGGCAUGGCCCUGCCCUCGGCUUCCCCGUCUGGAGCCGUCGUGCCAGGGUGCAGAGUGCGUGGAGGAGCCUGUCUGCCCGGGCAUUUACUGGGUCCUGCACAUUGCUGCCGACACCCGAGAGCCCCCCGCGGGCGCACGGGAUGGAUGGGGGCUUGAGGGCUCUCGCGUCCCCGUCACCGUCCCUGGGCCUCCCCCAUCUUUGCCAGGGACUAAUCGUGGGAGGUGCUGGCCUGCAAGGCAGGAUCUCGCUGCAUCACAUGGGGAGCUCAGCAUGUCACAGAGCUGCGGCUGAUGUGAGCAUAUAGGCAGGUGCACUGAUGUUUGCCCUUCUUGGUAAAGACCUAGUCUGUCUGAGGCUGGCAGAGGAACCGGCAUCAGCUGCAAGACCCCAGUAAGAGAAUGAGUGAGAGAGACAUACGCAGCUUGAGCAGAUGGGGAUUUGUGCUCACUCUCUGCCUUAUCACGCUAUGGGGAAGACUGACGCUGGCCUCCUCCCACCACAGAAGCCAUUCAGUGCGCGUGGAGCCUGGCACGUGCGAAGUCAUCGCCGCCCACCGCUGCUGCAAUAAGAACAAGAUCGAGGAGCGCUCCCAGACGGUGAAAUGCUCCUGCUUCCCCGGGCAAGUGGCGGGGACGACCCGCGCAGCUCCCUCCUGCGUGGACGCCUCCAUCGUCCUUCAGAAGUGGUGGUGCCAAAUGGAGCCAUGUCUAGAAGGGGAAGAGUGUAAGGUGCUGCCGGACUUGUCAGGAUGGAGCUGCAGCAGUGGCAACAAAGUGAAAACCACCAAGGUCACUCGAUAGUUUCCGUGGAAGUCCUUCCGGAGGGUUGCCCCGAUGUGCUGCAGCAUCGCUUUCGCCUGGCCGCAGGAUGCUCCGGUCGUGUCCUGCAGAGCCGCGAGCAGCUGGAGGGUCCCCGUGGGAGAAGGACUGCAGCAGCACAGGGCUGGGAUGGCGGCGCCUCGUGAGCACCCAGUUGUUCUCGGUCCCCUGCGUCGGGCAGGGGCUCCGCUGGAGCAGCAUCCGGGAUUACAGACAAAGGGCACCGAUGCAGCCACCCAGCCUAGGAUCUGCGGAAACCUCCCUUGUUGCUGUGGGUCCAAACCCUGCCAGCCCCUGGCAUAGCGCGCCCGCGGAGGGGCUGCUGCAGACGCGACGGUGAUGGGCUCUGAAUGCGGCCGCCAGCCUCCCUCUGCUCCACGUUCCCCCUCAGCCUCACGGACGCGCACCAGGAAAUGUGCAUUGUUUCCCAUGCUGGUCAAUCAAGCCCUCGAGCCACAUAGACUCUAUUGACACUUACAGAGCGAGCGGGGGGGGGGAAAUAGCUUUGUUCUUUCUGCUGAAAAUUGCAGUGGCUCGAAUACUGGCUGUGAGAAGCAUCUCUCCCCUGGUCUCCAAGAGGGGUCGUUGCCAGGAGUUUAGGAUGCUGCACCUGGGUACCGUUCUCCCCAGUUCGGUCUCCUGGCUCAGAGGAUGUGGACAGGACUGGUAAGAGAUCUGCAGGUUCCCAGCUGAGGCAGCGGUAACCCCACGCAAGUCAAUGGGAUCGCGCUGUCUUUGCCCCAGGGGGCCAGAGAUUAACAUCCAGCCUAGCGUGUAGCGAAGGCCACAGCCCAGACUGAGCCCCUGAUGGAGACACCCGGGAGGUACAAUGCCUGCCCUGAGCAUCCCGCUAUUUUGGAAGCAAAGACCGGCUGGUUUCCCCUUGCUCGGGGAGGGCAUGAAUGAGGCUGCUUGUUUCCAAGCUGCUCUCUGCAGUCCACAUCACAGGAGCUGGAUUAGCACUAGUCUUCGCAGGAGAAGUUCGGGGAAGGGAAUCUCCUCUUCCCAUUCGGCCUUUCGUGCCUGGUUCAGCAGAGGUUGUUCACCUGAGAGGGGCUGAGGCAGCUUAGUCCCUUGCAUUCAAGAGGACGAAGCCAGAACACCCCAGGCGUCGGCAGCGAGCUCAGAUCCCUUACCGGGGCAAAUGAUGGCUCCUCAUUUCCUACCAUGUCUCAGGGGCUAUGGGGAGAGAAGGCAAACCCCAUUGUGCCCGCUUCUCCUUGCUGCAAAUCUUGGUCCUAAGAGCCAGGUGCAGGCCCUUGGCCUUGGGGUCCACGCCCUGCCCUGGUGGAGGAGCUGCCACGGGGCUCGGCUCUUUGGAUAUCCCGGCUGGUGCCCAUCAGUGCAAGGUGGUUUGUGCUGCUGGAGCCUGCUUCCCGGAGCCGGAGUGAGAGCUGCCCCUGGGGCGCGGCUCCCAGGCACGUCUUCUGUGGGGGCAGCGCCGCUCCUCCCUCCAGCUGCCUUCGGCUGCGCCCCUGCUGCAGUGCCCCGGGCAGGACUUGCAACAUCUGGAAUUGGUGCAGUGACUCCAGAAGCACGUGGAGGGAGGGCUUGGAAGCGAGACAGCCGGUGUGCCAGGCGUGCCCCAGGGGAGUGCUGAGGCCGAGGGCUGGGAUGGACACAGAGCAGCAGUGAGGAGGAGCAGGAGAUCCCCUUUGCAAUGCCUCUGGGUCCCUCCUGUUUGGGGGCAGCCUGGCCCUGAUACCACCGCCAGCCGACCUGCCAGGUUUGGUACCCACCCGCUUUUGUACUGGGGUUUGAACCCCUGCCCGGGAGGUGAUGUACAGACCAGACUGUGGAAUAUUAAAUACAUUUUAAUCUCUGCAAA